AUGGCAUCUCAGCUACUUCCUCUCGAGCUAAUCGACAAAUGUGUCGGAUCAAAGAUCUGGGUCGUAAUGAAGGGCGAGAAGGAAUUCAGCGGCACUCUGAUGGGUUUCGAUGACUAUGUCAACAUGGUUCUUGAAGAUGUAACAGAAUUCGACUACUCUGGAAACCACACGAAGCUCAAGAAGAUUCUCCUAAACGGAAACAAUAUUUGCAUGUUAAUACCCGGUGGUGAUGGUCCAACAGCUGUUACAUCCUGA